CCAGAACGUUCGCCCCCAACGACACGAGCGAGCAGCUGAUCGCUGCAGGUUUGGGUAGCGUGAGUGCUGUAGUUGCUUUUUGUCGUCAUCAUUUGCAACACCCCGUCUUCGCCCGGUGCUUACUUGUGUUUUUAUUUCGACUUGCACCGAUCAUCUUCUUUCCUCAAUAGCAGCAUUGCCGUGCCCUGCUCCCCCUUACGUAUAGCAGCCGUCCUGCUUUUGCCGUCGCUGGCGCCGUUACGGACACCCUAGCCCACCCCCGCAAAAUAGAGCAAGAGAUAGACAUCCCACCACUUGCCGCCAGCAUCUAUCCGCCCAUCUUGCAUCCGUCGCGCUGCCAUUUACCAAAUAUCCUGAGGACCGCGCUUGUGUCGCCCUCUGCGGUUGACCAUCAUGGAGCAAGUUCACGGCGUCGAUGUCAGCUGGAUGACACAAGGUGCUCCUAAAGAUAAGCUAAACAAAGUAAACUCAACACCGAAAUCCCCAAAUGCGACGCAGCCUAGAGUCAUACCAGCAGCCUCACCCAGCGAAGCUCAACAAAAAGCAGACGCCAAGGCAGGCGCAUCGCCCACGUCACCAGCAAAUACAAACUCUGCGUCUCGUCGGCUUUCACGGUCUAAUUCUACAGAUAAACAGCAAAAUGGACACGCGGGUACCCCCCCAGGUCGUCGCAAUUCAUGGUUCUCCAACAUCUCAGCCAAAUUCUCCUCCACCAGCUCUGGAAUAUCGCCGCCAAACCAGCAACCGCCAUCUCAGUCAAAUAUACCUCCUAGCCCAGCCCAAUCAAUUGAUACGACGCCUAUACCCGAAGCUCUUGACUCCGAAAGUCACCCAGCCUCACCUACCAUAGCCGAGGAGCCAGCCGUGCCCAAGAUCUCGCCCUCCCGCAAUGCUGUGCUCCAGCAUGGCAAUAAGCCUGACGGCAACGCGCCAUACACUCCUGCUCCUCCCAAGUCUGGCCAAGCUGGGCUCCUUGGUGUCUUCCGUAGACUAUCUUCCUCGAGCACAUCCAACCAGGCCGUCAAUAGACUCAACCAUGGCCUCGUUGAGCGCAAAACUCUCAACGUCGACGGCAACCGUGAACGAUGCAACAUUUCGGAGUUGAAACAGGCCAAGCUGCGGAGAGUUUCUUUCUGUGUUGAUGUCGAGAUUGCGCCAAUGCCAAAAUAUUCUGACGGCGAAGUGCAGCCGAAGCCCAUUGACAAGUCGCAAAAGAAAAGACUCACAGAGAAAGGCGAAGGCGAGGCGCUGAAACAUCCAAAAGCCGUUGAGGAGCAGGUAGAAAAGGAAGCGGAGGGCAAGUCUACCGAACCACCAGCAGAGCUGAAGACUGUCGAUCCCAUCCCAGUUGCUACAGCAGGUUCUUCGGAAGCAUUACCGCCGUCUUCGCCUGAGAUCAAUAGCCCCAACGAUGAAGAAAAGACGGCUGACAAAGACGGCUCGAAGAAGAAAGAGAAGAAGAAACGAAGUGAAGAAGAACGUAAAGCUAGAAAAGAAAAGCGUCGCAGGCUGGCUGAGGAUAGCGGUUCCAUUCCCAUGGAGAUUCACUUUGACAGCAGCGAUUCGUCCUCGAAUACACCCGAAAGCGCCGGUACGCCACGAAUCACUACGAUCCCCACGACGAACCCAGUUCGAAUUUAUAGACGAUGCUGCCAACUUCGUGAAACGCCGAUCCUCAAGAAAAUCACGGAACAGCUUAUGGACCCUGCGAACACUUCCUUAGCUGGUGUUGUAAACAAGCUCGAUUUGACAGGUUACUGGAUGCAGCUGGCUGAUCUCAUCACAUUGGGAGAUUACCUGGCUGUUGUACCUGUGCGAGAGGUUCUUCUGGAGAAUAUUGGGCUGACUGACGAGGGUCUUCGAGUUAUUCUUGCCGGUCUUUUGGCUGCGAAGAAGUCUGACAACCAACGGCGCAAGCCAAAGCAUGAGCUGCAGCCACAAGGCGGCGUCGUGGAGAGACUGGUACUUAAGAAUAACAAGCUGGGACCUGACGGCUGGAAGCACUUGUCUUUAUUCUUAUACAUGUGCCGAUCUCUGAAAUCACUGGACGUAUCCCACAUCAUAUUCCCGCGACAAGCCCCGGUACAGACCAAGACGGCCAGCAAUGUUCACGUUCCACGUAGCAUUGCCGACAUAUUUGCCACCGCGCUUAGUGAUCGACUGGGCGGAUCAACUUUGGAAAUCAUUAAUUUAGGCGAAACCGAACCCAGCAUGGAUCAGCUCGGCGUGAUCAUGGAUGGAAUCAUAACGUGCAAGAUUCCCCGCCUCGGGCUUGCACACAACAAUCUAGACGAGAAGGGAGUGGAACAUCUCGGCCGAUAUCUUGCAGCUGGAUUUUGUGAAGGACUUGAUUUGGGCGGUAAUGAUCUUAAGGAUCACAUGGACAAAAUUGCGUCAGCUCUUCCAGACUCCGAGCCUCUUUGGGCUCUUAGCCUUGCUGGCUGCAACUUGAACCCCUCUGCACUGAGCAAGAUAAUGCCAGUUGUGGCCAAGAUGAACAUGUUGCGGUUUAUCGACCUCUCUCACAACCAUGAUCUCUUCCAGUCGAAACCGAGUGCGGUUGGGCUGCUACGAAGAUACAUACCCAAAUUGACAAGUUUAAAGCGCAUCCACCUGCAAGAUGUCAACAUGACUUCUGAACAAGCUAUCGCUUUGGUGGAAAUCCUACCCGAAGCCGGCCAGCUGGCCCAUAUCAACUUGCUCGAAAAUGCAGAGCUUAUGAAGUUGGCGCAUGCUAAGACUGAAGAAGCUCAAGAAGAAGCUUGUGCAUUGUUUGCGUCACUCAUGGCUGCCUCACGAGUGUCAAAGAGCAUUAUCUGUAUCGAUAUUGAAGUACCUGGUGACGAGGCUGGAGAGAUUGUCAAGGCCAUGGCUAAACAAGUUGUAGCCUACUGCUUGCGAAAUAUGGAGCAAAUGCCUGAUACUGGUAUCGGCGCAGCCGUUGCAGCUGCGCUUUCAGAUUCACAAGCCGAAGCCCAAGAGUCGAAGCCAGCUUCAUACCCCGACGUCCUCGUGCAUUUGGUCGGCCACGAUGUCAUGGAUUCCCAGGAGGGUCCCGAUGAAAACGACUCUGCUCCUGACGAAGACUACGUCAUUGGAGGCACUGGCGUUGUCAAGGCUCUCAAAUGCGUGCUUGAGAACAGAGGAGGUGACGAAUCUCGCCGCCAAUCUGGCGAAUUCGUGCGAGAAACAGACAGCGGCAGCGCUACCCCUAAGGCAAGUCUGGCGACUGGCGGCAAGGCCAAAGAUAUGUCGAAGCAUCUCCUUGCCGGUGCCCGAAAGAUUCGUCAACGACUGCAGCCAGCUUUGAUCAAGGCGCGCGCCCACUCUGAUGACGAGAUGAACCUGCGAAAACUCACCUUCCUCGACGAGACGCUUCAAGGCAUCAUCAAGCGCUUCGAAGACGAAUUCCCAGACACCCGUGAAGAAGCGGCUGCCCCUGUUACCGAGCAGCCCAAGCACGAAGUCCUCAGUACCAGCCCCAUCACCCGCACUCUCACACACGAAGACUCGGCUGCCAUUCUGUCUGAUGCUGAAGAUGACGGUGAACUGGGCCCACGGCCCCUCUCGCGAUCCAACUCCAUGCUGUCCAAGACGCUGGCAGAAGAAGAGGCUCGCGUGCUUCGUGCUGGCCACCGUUUCCGCACCACCAUUGUUCCGGAACAGCAGCAAGAGCCCAUCGAUAUUGUUGCUUCAGUUGAAGACAUUGGCUCCGACCCCAAGCACGCCCGUGUUCUCACUGAUCUAGCAGAGGAUAUUGGCGGCGAGUUCCUGCAAAAGGUCCGAGAGAAGGGUGCCUUGCAGGCCUACCGUGAGGACCACGAUGUCUUUGUCCGCAGCAUGAAAGACUCCGACUCUGACCACUGGCACACAUUUGUCGAGGCACAGAAGAAGGCCCGCCAAAACAUCAAUUUGGAAGAACGCAAGGCUCCCGUCAUUGCUCUGGAGGAUGAAAGCGCCAUUGUUGACUAAAUCCUCAAGUCUCCAAAAUAACUGCCAAACACCCCAGCAUGGCAUUGUACUACACAUUUCCUUUUAUUACAGACCCUAUUUACCCUUAUUAUUAUAUUCCUGCACGGCGUUUGAUACAGCGAGCGUUGAUGUUCCAAUUCCCAUAUCAUACAGUUAAUAUAUCCGAUGUAACUUCUUCCGCUCUAG